AUGGGAAGAACGAAAGCUUUCAACAAAAAGAAAAUAAGAAGAAUGAAUGACUUCAUCAGCCAAUUGCCGGACGAAAUCCUGCACAACAUAAUUUCGCAUUUGUCGCUAAAUGAAGCGGCGGCAACAAGCAUCCUCUCCGCCAGAUGGAGACACCAAUGGAAAACCGUUGAUUAUCCGACUUUCGACAUUGAUCUUCCGCAUUUAAUCUCCAUAUCGACACGCAACAAAUCACUCGGAAAAUCAAGAAUCGUCAGUUUAGUAUCCGCAAUCUUGGAUCAAUAUCAAGGCUCCAUUAUACAAGAACUCAAGAUUCGGUUUCCUACUACCCAGGUGGUUAGUUUCUGGUCUUCCGAAGAUAUGAGCCCAUUCUUUUCUUGGAUUAACACAGCUUUUCAAAGAAGAGUUAGAAAUCUCGUGUUAGAUUUACAAGUAUUUGUUCUUAAUCCUAUUGAUUUAGAUUUGCUUCCUUCUAACUUCGUCUCUCUCGUCUCUCUUCGCCUUGUGGGCUUCAAAUAUUUACUAGGCGACGCUUUGAUCCACUGCUUUUUAUCGAGUUGUCGUUCUUUACAAGUAUUGUGCAUCGACCGAUUUGUUGGUUUGGAGAAUCUGAAGAUUUGCAGUUCAGAGCUUAAACGCCUUACUAUAAGCGAUUCGUAUGUCAACUUUCUUGAAAUUUCAGCACCGAGUCUCGUAUCUUUCGAGUUUAGACACAUUUCGGGGAUAACCGUGUGCUUUAAAGAUGCUCCGUCUCUGAAGCAGAUAUCAUUGGAGGGAUAUAACUCUUACGAGCAUCUUCUAAGUAAAAAUCUAAGUCCGAUUUUGGGUAUACUAUCUCAGCUUGACUCGCUUGCAUUAACCCAACGUUAUGACUCAAAUUCAACUCGUAGACGUCGUAUCAGAAAUUUUCCUGUCCUCAAAAAUCUCAAGCAAUUGCAGCUUUCGGAGUUUCGUCUCACAGAGUUUUAUUACAGGGAUUUGGCCUACACGCUUAUUCCAUUACUACAAGCUUCGCCAGAGUUGCUUAAAUUGUCACUCAUCAAUUUCCAAUACUCAUUUAAUCCGUUGAAAUCAGUGCUGAAACCCUUUCCUAUGUGUUCACAUCGUCAUCAAUGUCUUGAGGUGGUGGAAAUAGUCGGAUUUGGAGGUUCGGACCACGAGAUAGAACUUGUCAAGUUUUUAGCUGACUAUGCUGCUUCUUCAAUGAAGAAGAUAAUAGUGCAUGCUGCCAACUCAAAGAGGCUGCGUCAAUUGAAGCGUAGGCUACCUUCAACUGUGGUUGUGGAGUUGCAGAUAAUUUAG